UGCUCAGAAGAAACUUGUGCGGUGGCAACUUUGACAAAUACUGUUAAAUGUCUGUCACAUAGCUUAAAUAUUUUAAAGUAUAUGGUGGACGGGAACUCUCCCAAUGUGUGACGAGGGCGAGGAAAGCGACAGCGGCGAGAGGGGGCACCUUUCCGAGUCUCCCUCCUCGCCUCUCUCUCUCAGACUUCCCCGAGGAUCUCCCUCCUCUCCGCGGCCCCUAGACCUGUUCUCCUCCGCCUCUCCGCUGCUUGGGGACACCGACCCACCUUACCUCGCCUCUCCGGAGUGUCUUCACCCGUCUCCAGAGUACCAGGAAACCGGGGGUUCCACACACUUUACGCCGCCAAAGUUCCCCCAGCGCACCGGGGACACCGGCUCGCCGUUUCUCUCGCGGCCGGGUAUACACAUAGAUGCGGUCUACGACCAGUACGAUGACCCGUUUCCCAAGUGGAGGGGACGUGGAGCGGCCAACGCUGAGCGCUUUCAGCACCGCGGACAGAGACUGCACCGGGCUCCGGAGCUCUCGGACUAUGGGAACCACUACACUGUUGAGCACAUAGACACCGAGUUCAACUCCGAAACCCGGCAAACGGUGGAAGCCAUGCAUCGCCGCCACACAACGUUGAGGGAGAAGGGGCGUCGCCAGGCAGUGCGGGGCCCAGCCUAUAUGUUCAAUGAGCGUGGCUCGGCCCUCACUGCAGAGGAGGAGCGUUUUCUGGAUGCUGCUGAAUACGGAAACAUUCCUGUGGUCCGCAAGAUGCUGGAAGAGUCCAAAACCCUUAACUUUAAUUGUGUGGACUACAUGGGCCAGAAUGCUUUGCAGCUCGCAGUGGGUAACGAGCACCUAGAAGUUACUGAGCUGCUGCUAAAGAAAGAUGGUUUGGCUAGGAUUGGUGAUGGCCUCCUUUUGGCCAUCUCAAAAGGUUAUGUUAGAAUCGUUGAAGCCAUUCUCGCCCAUCCUGCUUUUGGUGGAGGUCUGCGGCUGGCUUUGAGCACUUUGGAGCAAGAGAUGCGUGAUGAUGACUUUUACGCCUACGACGAAGACGGAACGCGCUUCUCGCAUGACAUCACACCCAUCGUCCUGGCUGCUCACUGCCAGGAAUACGAAAUUGUCCACAUCCUGCUGACGAAGGGGGCUCGCAUUGAAAGGCCCCAUGACUAUUUCUGUAAAUGUUCAGAAUGUGUGGAGAAACAGAAGAAAGACUCCUUCAGCCACUCACGCUCCAGGAUGAAUGCAUAUAAGGCCCUGGCCAGUGCAGCUUACCUGUCGCUCAGCAGUGAAGACCCUGUGCUCACCGCCCUCGAGCUCAGCAAUGAACUGGCAAGACUGGCCAACAUUGAGACAGAAUUUAAGAAUGACUACCGUAAGCUGUCCAUGCAGUGUAAAGACUUUGUGGUGGGUGUGUUGGACCUUUGUCGGGACACAGAGGAAGUUGAGGCGAUUUUGAAUGGCGACGUGGAUCAGUGCCCGCCGAGUCCCUACAACCGUCCCUGCCUCAGCCGUGUCAAACUGGCUAUCAAGUAUGAAGUCAAGAAGUUCGUUGCUCAUCCGAACUGCCAGCAGCAACUGCUGACUAUCUGGUAUGAGAAUCUGCCUGGCCUGAGGCAGCAGUCCAUUGGUGUGAAGUGCUGGACAGUCCUGGGAGUAACUGUAGGCCUCCCAUUCCUGGCUAUUGCCUACUGGAUAAUGCCAUGUAGCAAGCUUGGUCAGAUCCUGCGAAGCCCCUUCAUGAAGUUUGUGGCUCACGCUGUCUCCUUCACCAUCUUCCUGGGUCUCCUGGUUGUCAAUGCUUCCGACCGCUUUGAAGGAGUAAAGAACCUUCCCAACGAGACCAUCACAGACCAUCCUCGACAGGUGUUCAGGGUCAAAACCACCCAGUUUUCCUGGACAGAGAUGUUGAUAAUGAAGUGGGUAUUGGGCAUGAUUUGGUCAGAGUGCAAGGAGAUCUGGAGUGACGGACCCAGGGAGUAUGUCAUGCACCUUUGGAAUGUUCUGGACUUUGGUAUGUUAUCCAUCUUCGUGGCAUCCUUCACGGCACGCUUCAUGGCAUUCCUGAAGGCAUCCAAGGCCCAGCAAUAUGUCGACAUGCAUGUACCAGAUGACGACCUCAGCAACGCCUCACUGCCUGAUGAAGUGGCUUAUUUCACUUACGCCAGAAACAAGUGGCGCCCAUCAGAUCCUCAGAUCAUCUCAGAAGGCCUGUACGCCAUCGCCGUCGUUCUGAGCUUCUCUCGCAUCGCCUACAUACUGCCAGCCAAUGAGAGCUUUGGACCCCUGCAGAUUUCACUGGGGCGCACAGUCAAGGACAUCUUCAAGUUUAUGGUCAUUUUCAUCAUGGUGUUUGUGGCCUUCAUGAUCGGCAUGUUCAACCUGUACUCAUAUUACCUCGGAGCAAAGUACAACCCUGCCUUCACCACGGUAGAGGAGAGUUUCAAGACUCUUUUCUGGUCAAUCUUCGGGCUGUCUGAAGUGAUUUCGGUGGUGCUGAAGUAUGACCAUAAGUUCAUAGAGAACAUUGGCUACGUGCUGUACGGAGUCUAUAAUGUCACUAUGGUGGUAGUUCUUCUCAACAUGCUCAUUGCCAUGAUCAACAGCUCUUACCAGGAGAUAGAGGAGGAUGCCGAUGUGGAGUGGAAGUUUGCUCGAGCUAAGCUUUGGCUCUCCUACUUUGAUGAGGGCCGCACCUUACCCGCCCCCUUUAACCUCGUUCCCAGCCCUAAGUCCUUCUAUUACUUGGCCCUAAGGAUCAAGUCCUGUCUGAUUCACCUCUGCAAGGCCAACGGCCAUCACCGUAAUGAGGUGGAGAUGGGCAUGCUCAACUCCCAGACCAAGGAUGAACGCUUCAAGUCUUAUCCACGGCCUGGAGAAGAGUUCACCCAGAGAAAAGCUAGAAAACACCCCACCAGAUACCAGAAGAUCAUGAAGCGCCUGAUUAAGCGUUAUGUGCUUAAGGCUCAAGUGGACAGAGAGAGUGAUGAAGUUAAUGAAGGCGAGCUGAAGGAGAUCAAGCAAGACAUUUCCAGCCUCCGCUAUGAACUCCUGGAGGAGAAGUCCCAGGCCGCAGGCGAGCUGGCUCUGCUUAUCCAGCAACUUGGCGACAAGUUUGGCAAGAACACCAUGAGACACUGACAGGACUUGCAAGAAGAGAUGGGGAGAAUGUGAGAAAGGGUGAAAUCAGGAAGAGGUUGGGGGUGGGGGGGUUGGGAGCAGAAAGCUGGGUGAGCACAGGUAUUUUUAAGGCCUUGAUAGUACAAGGGGGAGAGAAAAGAGACAGGGGAAGUAGGAUGUUUAUGAGAUAGACAGGAUGAAUGGAGGACAGUGGAAGAAAAACAUGACAUAAAGAAACUGGGCAGAGUGAAACAGCUGAUUUAGUUAUGCAAGGACACAAUUAGGGAGGAAUGUGAAAAGCAGAUUGUGAACACAAGAGGGUCAGAGGUGAAGUAAAGCGAGUCAGAGGGGUUUUGUGCUGACAGUUCAAUUCUAAUUAAAGGCAAAGUCUUUCACGAGGCGCGAGAAAGAAGAGGAAGAAAGAGCCUCGCAGGCUGGGUGGGAGGCAGAGGGAGACGAAUGAGGAGGAAAACACAACUUCCAUGAGAUAUGACGAGGCACCACGGGGCAUAAGACUGAGGCAGUAAAAGCCCCCACACCCACUGCCAAGAUAUAUCAAUGUAUCACCAACUCGGAGAGGGAAACCCAGAAACGGGAUGACACAGAGAGAGGGCUGGAGGGGGAGAGGAACAAGUGAGAAAAAUAUCUUUAAAAAAAAAACCUGCCACUGUUAUUUACACCGGAGAGGCUGGCAUUGCUUCUGAGUCCUCACUUUGUUGGGGCAAGCAUAGAUGCCUGUGAGAAUACUGCACACACCUUUAUACAGCAGGCUGUCUAAUUAAUGCAUAUCCAUUCAUAGUGCACAACCUAUGAUCAGGACUCUAUGGAUUCAGGAAAAAUGCACCUAUUUAAAAGUCAUUAAAUAAACCACUGAAAUAUUAAACAUUAUCUUAUUAUCUUAAUGUCAUUUAGAAUUCUGUCCUCAUAGCACAGACAGUAUUAGGUCCUGCAGAUCCAGAAGAUCCAUGCUAGAACAAAAUGACUGUAAUUUAAGAAAAAAAAAUCCACUCAGACAGUUUCUUCUUUACCUCAUUCAUGCUGCCAGAAAAGAAAAUGACAGUUAGGAUAAACAGAAACUAAUCUGAGGCUUUCACAAUACCUCUCUUCCAUUCUUUAAAAUCGAGAGGGCCAUUCUUGUUUCAACAACUUUAAACCAGCGUGUUGAAGUAUGGCCGAGAUAAUUGCUUUAGAUAUUCCCCUCUCCACUGUGUGUUUGGAGCACUAAGUGUCUCGAGUUUUCUAAAAUGGUAACAAAAAAAUGACAGGUCCACGAUGUUUACAACUCUAAAUCCAGAAGGUCAGCACUGAGGUUAAGCCCAUGAAGGUAGCAAAACUGAGUCUGCUCCAGGGCAGCCAGACAUUUGUGAGGAGAGAAAAUCUCCGAGAUGCAGAGAUAUAUUUAUGUAUGCAGUGAUCUGGCAGUAAAACUGGAAUUCAGCUGCAGAAGCUGUGCAGAGUUAUUUUAUGGUCUUUAUUUUAUUUUGGAGACAUAUUUGACAUACAACAGCAUAAACUAAAGUGUUGUGUUAGACAUUGGUUGUAGCUGAACAAUAGUUUAAACAAACAAAAUAAAAAAAAGUAUAAAACAGUUUGAGAAGUUAUUAAAUCUGGACAUUAUUGUAGUAUAUUAUAUAAAUGGGGUGCUAAAAUCGAUGAUGACCUGUGGGAUCAGAUACAUCAUCGUUCCCGUUUGUGACUGAGGCCCAGAUUUUGAUUUAAAGCAAAUAUGAACAUACUAGGCAUCCCAAAGCUGAAAGACACACCAGUAGCUCUAGUUAAGAAGCUCCUGUCCUUAAAUUCAAGGUUCUUUCUUGAAUCCUUGAAAAUUAUACUUCAUUCAAAACAUCAACAUCCAGUGCUGGCAGUCACACCAAUCUGCACAUUUUUCCACAUUUAAGUUUAGAGACGCCAUGUCAUAAUCAGUGGGUUAGACUGGUUCCUCCAAGGCUUUUUCUAUGAAUUCAGAAAAUUAGAAUAUACCGUUCACUUUCAUCAAUCCUUCUUGAAAUUAAUCAGAUAAAAUGUAAAUAUAUUUAAGCUAACGCAGAACUAUAUUACCAUUCUUUUAUUGUGUGGCUGGUUACAGUAGUUAUUUGCCCUCAGAUGGAAGAGUCAAGAUGGGCCUAUUGCAGCCAUCAGCAACAGUGUCAUUAGGAAUUUUUUUCAUGGUUCUAGUAAUUGUCCUAGCUAGUAUACACUAUUUCUCCUGCAAGUAGACAUUGCAGGAGUUAGAGGGCUUUUUUAAGGAUAUUUUCUAAUCUCCUGCUACAGAGUAAGUGUUUUUCCUGCUUAAGAACUAUAAUUGGUUCAGCAGUGUUUAUUCACUAGUUCAACACAUGAACGCAGCAACUGGCAUUAAGAAAAAGAAAGUAAACACUGGUAAAUAUUAGCCUAGAAAAUGUUUCUAGCCUCUAUACGAGAGAGGGAAUACAGCAUGUUUUUAAAUUGUCAAAGAAAAUCUUUUGUUAGCAGGUCCUCUUAAAUUUCUACUUUGCAUCCACCACAGAACAAAAGCCACGUAGACAGAAAAGAGGCUGAAACAGGAUUGCAGGAAAAUAAAAGACCGCAGCAAGAGCUGAUGAUAAAUUACCGACUUGCUGUUGCAUCACUUUAGAGUUCCUAAUAGUGGUCCAAGUUAAACAAAUGCUUGAACAAACAACUUUGAAAGUGGGUGUUUGCCAGGCAGAGCCCAGGUAGUUCCCAAAACCAUCAAGUCAUCUUUGACAGUAAAACCUAAAACCUGCAUAUAUAUGUAUAAUUAAAAUGUACAGUAGUGUAUGUAUAUAUACAUACACUACUGUAUAAUUUCAUUCUUACAGAUAGGACUUCAUUCUUAUAGAUAGGGCUUAAACUCGCUAGUAGGAAAAUACGACCAAGUAUAUUUCUAAUUCAAAUAGAUAGUAAGUAUUUAAUCAGAAGGCUUUAAACAUAAUUAAAAUGCUGUUUUUACAGAUAUGAUUUUUUAAUUUGUUUCAGAUACAUAAAGGCUUUUCAGACAGAUUUUCAUUUCAAUUAAAUGGACUCGACCUUAUUUCUUUAUUUAUUUGUAUUAGGUGUUAAAGCUGUUAAUUAGUUUCCUUUUUGCAGAACCAUGCAAAUGAUGAAAAGACCCACCACCAGGAAGAGAACAUUUCCUCAAAUACUGUAUUUUUAACUUCUACACAAGAAUUAAUAAUUAAAUCAAAAUCUUGUAUGGUAUAUUGUCAUAUUUUUGA